AAGUGGAAGCAAAUUUCUCUACCGGCCAUGGACAAAGUUGCUUGGUGAAGCACUGGUGAGUAGAAUCAUGCAAACAAUGGCUUCCACAAUUUCUCGCAGAUUUGCAUCCAAGAUCUUCAACCCUUCUUCCUCUGCUCUUUUUUCACUCUACCCCACUUCUCAUCAUCUAAACCCUAAGGAUUCCCAUCGAUCCUUCUUCUCAAACACUACCCCCAAUUUCACUUCUUUCAAUCACCACCGAUCAUCAUUUCAUACAGCACCAUUUACCCCUAAUUACAACUCAAUCAGAUCAAACACCAGUUGUAAUUCUAGUUUCAAAAUCCAAUCUUUAAGCCCUAAUCUUUAUCAAACCCCCAGGUUUUUGUCAACCGCCACGCCACCAUCUGAUCCUGAAGAAACCCAAAAACCUAAUGAGAAUCCAAGCCAAACCCACGAAGAAUUCAAGAACCAAGAGAUAACUGGACCAACUGUUGAACGUGAUGUUUCUGCACUUGCCAAUGAGACACGCCAAGUGCUUGAUGUAAUGAUGAAGACAAUUUAUAACCUUAGUAAAAGCUUAGCUCUUUUGGGUUUGUUUCAGUUGGGUCUAGGGGCUUGGAUUUCGUAUGUUACCAAGUCUACUCCCAUCCCAGAAGUAUCUGUGCAGAGCUGUUUGGCAUUUGGGCUGCCAUUUUCGUUGUCAUUUAUGCUGAGAAGGUCAUUGAAGCCAAUGAGUUUCUUCAGGAAAAUGGAGGAGCAAGGUAGGCUGCAGAUUCUGACUCUUACACUUCAGGUUGCUAAGAAUCUGAAUGUGUUCUUUGCGAGGUUGAAUGUGGUUUCAUACUUGUGUAUCGGGGUUGCUUCUCUUGGAUUGCUUGUUAUUGCUCUGUAUUGAUGGUUUCAUAGAAUGCCAUAGAUGCUAUCAAGACUCUGUUUUCAACUGUACUAUUGUUAGUACUAUAAUGAGUUCAAAUGCCAUACUUUUAGGAGCAUGAUUGCUUGUUUUCCUGCAAUAAAUUUGAUAACAGAUUUUGUUUUAUGUUCUUC